GCUUGCUGGAUCAGAUGCAUUCCAACGCCGCUGCAGCCAUCCAUCUGCUCCUGGCAACGCACACUCGCCCGGGGGGAGCCCGGGCUCUCGGGCCCAGCUGAACUCGCGAAAUGCAGUUCUCCCGCAAGUCCUUCUCCAACCUGGCCGCACUGGCGGCAGGCGAUUUUGGAGGCAGCAUGGGCGAGCUGCAGGGAGGAGGGCCCCUGUCGCAAGCAGCUGUGGUGAAGGGCUCGCGGACGUCCAUGUGCGAGGACGAUGGCAGGAAGACAAGCAGGCUGAUCUUCGUCACCAAUCACCUUCCGCUCAAGGUCAGCAAGGACGAGGGGUCGGGAUGGAGCUUCGAGUGGGACCCGGACGCCCUGGUGCUGCAGGCCAAGGAGGGCCUACCCGACGACAUGGACGCCGUCUAUGUCGGCUGCCUGCCUGUAGAGAUAGAGGGGCACGAGCAGGAGGAUGUCACGCAGCAGCUCAUGUCUGAGUUCAACUGCCACCCGGUGUUCCUGGGGGCGGAGCUGAAGACCAACUUCUACAAGAAGUUCUGCAAGCAGCAGCUGUGGCCCAUCCUGCACUACCUCAUCCCGCUCAGCCCCAACAGCCUGGGCCGCUUCGACCCCAACCUGUGGAGCGCCUAUGUGCGCGCCAACAUGGCCUUUGCCAACAAGCUGGUGGAGGUGCUGGGCAGCCUGGAGGACGAUUACGUGUGGAUCCACGACUACCACCUCCUGGUGCUGCCCUCCCUGCUGCGCAAGAGGUUCCACCGCAUCAAGUGCGGCAUCUUCCUGCACUCCCCCUUCCCCUCCUCCGAAAUCUUCCGCACCUUCCCGCGGCGGGAGGAGGUCAUCCGCUCCAUGCUGAACGCAGGCGCGUGCCCUCCCUCUCCUGCUCCACUUCUUUGUGCUUCUUACCUCAUCGGCUUCCACACCUUUGAUUACGCCCGCCACUUCCUCUCCUGCUGCUCCCGCAUGCUGGGGCUGGAGCACAAGACCAACCGGGGCUCCAUCAUAGUGGAGUAUUACGGGCGGGAUGUGGGCAUCAAGAUCAUGCCCACUGGCGUGAACCCGGAGCGGCUGCUGAGCGGGUUUGGGUGGAGCGACACGAUCUGGCGGCAGGGCGAGCUGGCGGCGCAGUUCAAGGGCAAGACGGUGCUGCUGGGCGUGGACGACAUGGAUGUGUUCAAGGGCAUCGAGCUGAAGCUGCAGGCGUUUGAGCAGGUGCUGGCGCACCACCCCGAGUGGCGGGGCAAGCUGGUGCUGGUGCAGGUCACCUCGGCGGCCAGGGCCCCCGGCAAGGAUGUUGAGGAGCUGCAGCGGUUUGUGCUGGACCUGGUGGAGUCGGUGAACGCCAAGUACCGCGCGCCCGGCUACGAGCCCGUGGUGUGGCUGGAGCGCCCCGUGCCGCUGUACGAGCGCAUCGCCCUCUACUCCAUCGCUGACGUGGUGGUGGUGACGGCCACCCGCGACGGCAUGAACCUAGUUCCUUACGAGUAUGUGGUGUGCCGCCAGGGGCCCGCGGGCGGCGCCGCCGCGGGCAACGGCGCCGCGGGCGGCAUGGGUGGCGCGGAGGCGGCGCCCCCCGAUAAGCGCCACUCCAUGCUGGUGGUGUCUGAGUUUGUGGGCUGCUCGCCCUCGCUGUCCGGAGCCAUCCGGGUCAACCCCUGGAGCAUAGAAGCGGUGCGCGACGCGCUGUACACCGCCAUCCGCCUGCCGCUGGUGGACCGCCACAUCCGGCACGAGAAGCACUGGAAGUAUGUGAGCAACCACACGGUGCAGUUCUGGGCAAAGGCCAAGGAGCUGCUGGACCACCUGGAGGGCGUGCUUUCCAAUGAGCCCAUCGAGGUGGUGCCCGGGCAGACGAUUGUGGAGGUGAAGCCUCAGGGCGUGUCCAAGGGCAAGAUGGUGGAGCGCAUCCUGCACGACCUCGCCUCCCAGGGAGGCCACACACCCGACUUUGUGCUGUGCAUCGGAAACGACCGCUCCGACGAGGACAUGUUCACCGCCACAGACAACAGCCAGUUCUCGCCGCACAUGCCUGCCGAAGUGUUUGCCUGCACGGUGGGCCAGAAGCCCAGCAAGGCCCCCUUCUACGUGAACGACCCCACAGACGUGGUGGCCACUCUGAGCAAGCUGGCUGAGGCGCGGGCGGCGCCGGCGCCGGCCUCGCCCUCGGUCUCGUUUGCGUGACAGCGCGGCC